CCCACUCCUCCUCUCCAUUAUCCACUCGACCCACUCCUCCUCUCCGCCGCCGGCAUCCCCUUCUCCUCCAUCGACGGCGACGACCUCCCUGGCGACCCACUCCUCCAUCGACGGCGACGGCCUCCUAAGAGAAGUGAGAUGGUUGGCUUGGAAGGUUUCGAGUUCUUCGAGAUCAUAAUUGAGAAAUCUUGCAGUAGGCAGAGGCUGCUUGACAAGUUUGCGAAGAUGCUCGCCGGCCGUGAGACCCACAAAGUGAAGCUGCGGGAGGCCGGCAGCGGGCUUCGCGGGCUGUGGGACGUGUUGGUGGUGUUCGAUGGCGAAGGCCACAUGUACCUAGGGCCCGGCCGGGAUCAUUUCGCCUGCGCCCAUGAGCUACAGCUCGGGUACUUCCUUGUCUUCCGCUACGACGGCGACACCAUGUUCACCGUGAAGAUGUUCGACAACACCAUGUGCCGCAUGUACUACCAGCACGACGACGAUGCCAGCAAUGGGAGCAGCAGCAGGGAUGGCGAGGAGCAGAGCAGGGAUAACGAGGAGCAAAGCGGGGAUAACGAGGAGCAAAGCGGGGAUGACGAGGAGCAGCCUAUUCUGGCUGACGACGACCUUGCCAUGAUGGCGGCUGACGACGAUCCUGCUAUGGUGGUGGCGGAUGACGACCCUGCAAUGGUGUUGGCGGAUGACGACCCUGCUAUGGUGGUGGCGGAUGACGACCCUGCUAUGGUGGUGGCGGACAACGACCUUGCUAUGGUGGCUGACGACGACCUCGUGAUUGUGGUGCCCAAUGAUGACCUCGCAAUGGUGGUGCCUGACAAUGACCUCGUGAUGGUGGUGGCGCCUGCAAUCCCACAGCUUGGCGACAGGACCAUGCCAAUUGUGGUAGAGGAGUACAUCUGCGUUGGGAUUCGCCACUCUGAGCGCAUCAGGUUGAUGAAGGAGAAGAAGGAGGAGUGAAGAUGUUAAGAAAUGAAGUGGCAAUGUUAAGCAUGUUAGGUUUAAGCUUGUUAGUGUAAUCUGAACAUGUCAAUGUUAAGUAUGUCAGGUUUAAUUUUGUGCAUGCUCAUGGAUGUUGUAUGACAGUGUCAUCUAAACAUGUCAAUUUCUUAAUUAUGAAUAUUCAGUUUGGUAA